UACGUAUAUAACGGACAUAACUGAUUUGGUUGUUAUCAUUUGACGUUUGAAGUUCAAAUUCAACGCUAACACUAAGCACUCCGGACAACGGUACAGAAGCUUAACGAGUGCAGUACCGUUAGGAAGUGUCAUUUAACGCGCGAGCCGUUUUCGGUAGCGAACACUUGAGUGCAGUGAUCGACGCACGAUUUCGAUUUGUGGUGCUCAACUACCACUUAAGUGAUUAUUCUGUGUAGUGACAGGGAUCAAUAUGGGCACAAGUAGGCGCUCAUCCUUAGCAAAAUUGCUGCCACCCACUUUUGGCCGACGGCAUGUGCAGUGUUUACUGAUGUUUAUCGGCUUCUCCGCCGCAUUCUCGAUGCGUGUUAAUCUCUCUGUGGCCAUUGUCGCGAUGAUGGAUAGCAAAGCGGCAAAUCCAGAUUUUCCAGAAUACCACUGGUCGGAGGAGACUAAAUCGCGGAUACUCAGCAGCUUCUUUUGGGGUUACAUUUGCACCCAAAUUCCCGGUGGUAUGUUAGCGCGACGUUUCGGCGGCAAAGUGAUGCUGAUUUUCAGUGUUUCCAUAAGUAGUAUAAUGGCGCUACUAACACCGCUCGGUGUCGCAUAUGGCGACUGGAAGUUGCUUUGCUUCAUGCGUUUCUUACAAGGUUUCGGUCAAGGUGUAACAGUGCCGUCCAUGCACACUUUACUCGCCAAAUGGGCACCGGUGACGGAACGCGGUUCGCUGGCUACUUACAGUUAUUCGGGUUCACAAUUCGGUACCGUUAUAAUGUUAGCUUCAAGUGGUGUGCUCGCUUCAUCGUCCAUGGGUUGGCCCAGUUGCUUUUAUAUACCUGGCGCUUUGGGCCUUUUGUGGACGGUAUUGUGGAUCAUUUGGGGCGCAAGUUCGCCCCAAGAAUGCUCAAAGAUUAGUGUUGCCGAACGUGUACUCAUCGAGAGUUCACUACAGCAAAACGUAAAGCCGCAUGAUGAUGGCAAACCCAAUUUAGCGGUACCAUGGAAGCGAAUAUUCACAUCGGUACCAUUCUUGGUGCUUACGGCGACACAUUGCGCAUCCACUUGGUGCUUCUGGACGUUGCUCACACAAAUACCAACCUACAUGAAGAGCGUGCUCGGUAAGGAUAUUAAAAGUAACGCACUGCUCUCGGCACUGCCAUACUUCACAAUGUUGAUUUUGGGUUUGGCCUGCGGACCGUUGAGUAAUUUCUUGGAGAAGGGUAGGCAUUUAAGCGCUACUACGAGUCGGAAAAUUUUCAACUCCAUUGGACAAUGGGUGCCGGUGGUGACCUUAAUUUGGUUAGGUUACAUGACACGGGAACAAGCGGACUUAGCGGUUUUCUUGCUAACGUUCACAGUGAGUAUCAGCACGACAUUGCAUUUGGGCUUUCAAGUGAAUCACAUCGAUCUGGCGCCGAACUUUGCUGGAACACUAGUUAGUCUCACCAAUUGUGCAGCGAAUGUUUGCAGUAUUAUUGCGCCUCUAUUGGUGGGCUUCGUUGUCACCGAUACGAGUAACCCCAACCAGUGGCGCACAAUAUUUUUCAUUGUCGGUGGCAUUAACUUCGUCGGUAAUCUGUUGUUCGUUUUAUUCGGCACCGCCAAAGUGCAACCCUGGAAUAAUGAGCGCGAACCGAAGGCUGAUGAGAGUAAAGCCGAUGCAGAGAAGUCGCAAGAACUGCAACCGCUCAAUGAGGAAACGGCUGAUGUUCCCAUAACCAAAGCAGAGUCACAAAUGGUUGUUUAGUCGUUAGCCAACGCUUGGGUUUUGUUAAAUUCGUAAAAUUAGCUAAGUUACAGUAUUAUAGUGACAAAGUUUUCCUUGUGAUUCUACUGAGUAGUCGUAGUUAUACAUAAGUAGUUCUAGUAGAUUUUUAGGGAAUUAUUGAAUAGUCUACAUGUAUGGUGAUAGGUCUUAUGUAUGUAUGUAAAUACGUAAAUAUAAAACGUAUUUAAAACACUUAAAUCAUAACAUCAUUCACAUACAAAUUAAGAACACAAAAUAUACAACAAUUUAAAAACGUCACACAAAAUUUUUUUUUUACAAAAA